GCCGGUUAGAGCCGUCACCGGCCGCCGUCGCUGCUGUUCGUGCCGCCGCCAGCCCGCGCCCGCCCCGCGCCCAGCCCGCGCUCCGGAGAGUCCGAGCCCCGCGCCCGCGCCAUGACGGAGGGCACAUGCCUGCGGAGGAGGGGCGGCCCCUACAAGACGCCCCCGGCUACGGAGCUGAGCCGCUGGCGCCUGGCCAACGAGGAGGGCCGGCAGCGCUGGACCUAUGGCCCGGGGACGGACCCCCAGAGAGCCCUGGAGGCUCACGCCGUGGGCCUGGACACGACCAAAUUCUUCCCGGAGCUGCCCCCCGCCCGCUCGGCCCGAGAAGGGGCCUGGAAGGGCAUGAAGUUCUACUCGCAGCUCCAGGCCGAGGAUGGCCACUGGCCCGGGGACUACGGGGGCCCCCUCUUCCUGCUGCCAGGACUCCUGAUCACAUGUCGUGUGGCCAACAUCUCCCUCCCAGCUGGGUACGGAGAGGAAAUGGAGCGCUACCUGCGAUCGGUGCAGCUUCCGGAUGGCGGCUGGGGCCUGCACGUGGAGGAUAAGUCGACAGUGUUCGGCACGGCCCUGAACUACGUGUCUCUGCGGCUCCUGGGGGUGGGACCGGACGAUCCCGCCUUGGUGCGGGCCAGGACCAACCUUCACGAGAAAGGCGGGGCUCUUGGAAUCCCUUCGUGGGGGAAGUUUUGGCUGGCCAUCCUGAACGUUUACAGCUGGGAAGGGCUGAACACCCUCUUCCCUGAGAUGUGGCUCUUUCCUACCUGGGCCCCCGCCCACCCCUCGACGCUGUGGUGCCAUUGUCGCCAGGUGUACCUGCCCAUGAGCUACUGCUACGCCAUGCGGGUGCAGGGCCCCGAGGACGAGCUGGUUCGGAGCCUCCGGCAGGAACUUUACAUCGAGGAUUAUUCCAGCAUAGAUUGGCCGGCCCACAGAAAUCACGUGGCCGCCUGUGACCUCUACACGCCCCACAGCUGGCUGCUCCGACUGGUCUAUGCGGUGCUUAACCUGUAUGAGCGCUACCACCUCCCGAGCCUGAGGAAGCUGGCGGUGGCCGAGGUGUACGACCACAUAAUCGCCGACGACCGCUUCACCAAGUGCAUCAGCAUUGGCCCGAUCUCUAAAACGAUCAACAUGCUUGUUCGGUGGUACGUGGAUGGGCCAGCCUCGCCGGCAUUCCAAGAACACGUCUCCAGAAUUCCAGAUUACAUGUGGUUGGGGCUCGAUGGCAUGAAAAUGCAGGGCACCAAUGGCUCUCAGCUCUGGGAUACAGCAUUUGCCAUCCAAGCUUUCCUGGAGGCUGGGGCUCACCACAUGCCUGAAUUUUCAUCUUGCUUGAGGGAUGCCCACGAGUUCCUUCGGAUCACGCAGAUUCCAGAUAAUCCUGAAAACUACCAGAAAUAUUAUCGUCAGAUGAACAAGGGCGGCUUCCCCUUCAGCACACGGGACUGUGGCUGGAUCGUGGCUGACUGCACGGCGGAGGGCUUGAAGUGUCUGCUCCUCCUGCAAAAGAAAUGUCCUUUCCUCAGAGAGCCCGUCCCCAAGGAGAGACUCUACGACGCUGUCAAUGUGCUGCUGAGCAUGAGGAACUCGGACAGUGGGUUUGCCACCUACGAGAAGAAGCGGGGCGGCCGGCUGUUGGAGUUACUGAACCCCUCCGAGGUGUUCGGAGACAUCAUGAUCGACUACUCGUACGUGGAGUGCACGUCGGCCGUCAUGCAGUCGCUGAAGCACUUCCAGGACUGUUACCCCGAGUACAGGGCCGAGGACAUCAGGCUGACUCUGAGGGAGGGGCUGCGCUACUGCCGGCAGGUGCAGAGGGCCGACGGCUCGUGGGAAGGGUCCUGGGGAGUGUGCUUCACCUACGGGGCCUGGUUCGGGUUGGAAGCCUUUGCCUGCAUGGGCCACACCUACGACGCCAGCGGGGAGGCCCCUCCAGAGGUGGUGAAAGCCUGCGAAUUCCUGCUCGCCAAGCAAAUGGAGGACGGCGGCUGGGGAGAGAACUUCGAGUCUUGUGAACAAAGGCGAUACGUGCAGAGUGACCGGUCUCAGCUCUUCAACACCUGCUGGGCCCUGCUGGGGCUGAUGGCGGCCAGGCAUCCGGACACUGAGGCCAUCGAGAGAGGAGUGAAGUGUGUGCUUGGAAAGCAGCAGCCCAGUGGAGACUGGCCUCAGGAGAACAUCGCUGGGGUCUUUAACAAGAGCUGCGCCAUCAGUUACACGUCUUACCGGAAUGUGUUCCCCAUCUGGACUCUGGGCCGCUUUUCCCGCCUGUAUCCCCAGAGCCCCUUGGCCGGCAAGGUGGCGAUGUGAGCCCCGAGCGCGGGCAGCCCCGGCCAGGGACCUUGGGACGUGGGCACCCCGUGGCCGGGGACCGAGGGGAUGUGCCCUUCGAGGCCCGUUCUCCUGUCCCGCCGACGCUUGGACCUCUCGCCCCGGUCACCCUCCCCUCUGUCCUCUAGAUGGCCCCAGGUCCGUCUGUAAGAAGGCAGAGAAGGGAGCGGGGGCGCAGCUCUAGAGCGGACCCCUCACCGUGAGCCCCUCGUGCGGCACGAGUCUUGCUCUCUGUGGGAGGCGCUCGGGCUGCCCGUGGUCUCACCCCUUGAGCGAGCGGAUCCUUGCCGGACACCAACUGCAGGAACCCCGGGACUUGCCACGGAGUCUCUCGGACGUGCGCCUGAGGCGGUCGCCCGCUGUGGCCAUCUCCUGUCCGGGCAGGGACUCUGGGCUUAUCUUGUACUACAGCUUCUCCUUGACUUCCUCCGACCUGAGUGCCCAGGACACCCCAGACGAGCUCUCGGUGGCCCCCAAGAUGCUGCUGCGGCGUCGGGCGGUUCGAACUCUAAGGCCGUAGCCUAGACUUGAUCGGGACGCCAUUGGCAGAGACCGUCGCCCGCCCAGAGCCUCUCUGGUGAAUCUGGCUCUUUUAAGUACUUAACAUAACAUGCCUAAGAUAGGGACGGACUCGGUUUGCACCGCCACGGGGCUCCGUUUCUGCUCUUUGGCCUGCUCCCGCUCCCCUGAAAUCCUGCUGUUUUCUCUCAUGCCAGGGGGUGGAGGGGGGUUUCCCCACUUGUCGCCCCCAUGGAGAACACAAUGAGAAUCAUUCUUCACUGCCCAGCAGGAUGCCCGCUUCCCUGGGGAGCCUCGGCGGGAGCCCCCAGGAAGGUUUUACAGAAUUAUCCGGGGAAAGGGAGGAGCCCUCCCUCCUUAGGUUGAAUCUCUUGAUUGGAGACUCUAUCGACGGAUCAGUCUCGAUGUAGCAUCAAAAGCCAGACAGGUGCUGGGCAGCUGUGGAAGCGGAGCCCCCUCCCCUCUCUGGGGUGGGCUCUGGGGGCCUCCUCGGGCAGGGCUUCCCCCGGGGCCGCGCUCUGGGGGCCUCUGUUGUUGAUUUUUCAUGAGUCCAUGUAUCCUUAGGGUUUUCCCGAAGCCCGAGCGCUUUGUUAUACACGAGUCAGGUUUUUUCCUGGGUGUCCGUGGAGCCCACGCGAAACUGGAAACCAUCUUGUUUUCUUGACUCUGAGGAUCAGUAAUGUUCCUGAGCUCUUCGCGAGAUGGUCCUCGAACACCCCCUGCCCCCAUCCACUUCGUUAGUCGACCUCUGAUCCAAAUUGAUGGAGACGCACCUCUCAAAGGCCAAUGAGGUUUGUGCUCACUCCUAAAUUCCCCAGCAUGGUGAGCACUGCUAGAAGCGCCUGCUCCAUGUUCCCUGGCACAGUGAGUGCCGCUCGGAGUGCCCGGGACGUAUGCCCUGGCAUGGUGAAUGCCACUCGGAGUGCCCAGGACGUAUGCCCUGGCAUGGUGAGUGCCGCUCGGAGUGCCCGGGACGUAUGCCCUGGCACGGUGAGUGCCGCUUGGUAUGUCCGGGAUAUAUGCCCUGGCACGGUGAGUGCCGCUCGGAGUGCCCGGGACGUAUGCCCUGGCACAGUGAGUGCCGCUCGGAGUGCCCGGGAUAUAUGCCCUGGCACGGUGAGUGCCACUCGGAGUGCCCGGGACGUAUGCCCUGGCACGGUGAAUGCUGCUAAAAGUGCCCCCCUGUAUGUUCCCUGGUGAGUGCUGGCAGGAGUGCCCAUGGUACAUUCCCUGGCACAGUGAGGGCCUCUAGAAGUGCCCACAAUUCAUGCCCUGGCAUGGUUGAGUGCUGUUAGAAGUGCCCUCUGGAUGUUGCCUGGCGAGUGCUGCUAGGAGUGCCCACAGUAUGUCACCCUGGCAUGGUGAGUGCUGCUAGGAGUGCCCGCUGUAUUGUAUGUUCCUUGGCAAGUGCCCUUGUGUGCCAAGUGCUGUGAGGAGUGCCCAGUGAACAUCCCUGACGAGUAUGCUUGGGGUGCCCGCCGUACAUGUCCUUGCUAGGAGUGCCCGCCGUGCCCACCCAGAGAUGAUGAAUGCCGCUCGGCAAUAAGUGCCCUGGGGUUUGUAGGAUUCUAGGUCUAGAGCUGGAGCUUCUCGACGAUUGCCCGUGUUCUUGUUUCAGAUUCAGGGUCUCCUUUUAUUAUCUGUAUUUUAGAACCUGCUGAUUCUUGAAUAUCUCUGAUUUUUGCUCCUCAUGGAGUUAUUUUGCUGUACCCCCCACCCCCACCCCCCGCCGGGUUCUUUUGAAUGGGAGGCAGAGGGCAUUUCUCCCUGGCAGGCGUCGCCAGCUGGGCCUUCUGAGCUCCCUCAGGACCUCGUGCCCUCUUGGGAAUCCCCACUCCCCCGCCCUCUUGCACUGCUGCCUGGUGCCAGGGGAGGGGUUGGAUCUGGGGGCCCGAGGGUCCUCUCAUGGGCCUGGGGGCCCUCUUCGUUGGGCCUGGGGACCCUCUCGUUGGGCUUGGAAGCCCUCUCAUUGGGCCUGAUUGUCUAGGCUCUUCCUCCUGCGGUUGCUCUCUGCCCCCCGGCCCCGAGGCCGCCUGCUGUCUCUUCCCCAGAGUUCCUGCCGCUUGGGCGGGUGGGGAUCUCGGGGCCUGCUGCUGCCGGCCCUUUCCCGGCCCUGCCGGCUCUGGCUCCGGCUCCCAGCGGUCAGCGCGGGGGGUGGUCGUCCCCGAGCUGGGCCGGCGCUGUCGGGGCCCAGAGUGUUUCUGGGCUUGGGAGGUUCGUCAUGGAGCCCGAGGCUGUUAGCACCCCAUCUCUUGAUCUGUGGCUUCUCGGGACGGGAGCUGGAAGGGAAUGCAGAUGUCCACACCCCAGAGCGCCCCCCGGGCCGCGAUUCCAACCCAGACGCUCUGAUUCCAAAUGCACCCUUGCCCCUGCCCCCUCUGUCCCCCAGGCCGCCCGUGGGGCCGGCCGGGCUCCCGGGAGAGGCCUUGGCCGGCCUUGGCCGGGCCGGGCUCCGUUAUCAUCCUCUUUGUCACUUCUCAGCAACUCCCCGGAGACGGGGGGCCAGAGGCGCCCCCAGGCUUUUGGCUCCGCGCGGAAGCUUUUUCUUUGGCUGCGGUUUUCUUGGAUUUUGUGGCUUCUCGGGUUCCCGCCCGCUGCUUGGGCCCCAUCGUCUCCUCGGCGGUGCUCCUUAGAAGUCUGCAGCCCGGGGUGGGCGUCCCCACCUUUGUCCCGGCAUCCCAGAGGGAGCCGCGGAGGGAAGGGGGAGAGACCCCCACAGAGGUGGCACGGACUGAGCAGCAACGGCCCCGAAGGCUCGGGGUAACUGGGGGGGGGACCCCAGCCCUGUAUGCAGCCCCGUGGGCGGUUAGCAACUACCUGGACAAGAAGCCGAAUCUCCAAAGGUGGGGAAAGGCUGAAAAGCCGGAAUCGGGAGCUCAGGGGUCAGCUGCUGGCCGAGGGGGCCCGGACGCUUUUCGGGGAACGCUUCCCUGAUGACGCGUUUGUCUGAGACUGCUCCAACGGUCUGGGGGCCGUCUGUGGGCCGGUGAGCACGAGGUGGGGUCUAAGGGCGUUUCAGUCAGGUGAUUGUAAAUUCAGAAGACGAGCGGCUAUUUGGGAGGGUUUUUUUCUUUUGAAAAUGGUUGCCUGUUCAAAUUCUUGGCCGUCUCUCGGGAAUGGAUCAGACUCUGCGGAGUUUGGGGUUUUUCCCUUGAACCCAGUACUUCCCUUUGCAUUUUGGACAUGCUCGGGCUUUUGCGGUUCUGCAGAGUUUCACAGGACGGGAGCCACCGGUCCAGGUUCCUUAAAUUGACUAAUUUGGUGGGAAUUGCAAAUGUUCCCACCUCCCCAGAAUUGGCUUAGGGCAAACAUGUCAGCGUCUAGGGGGGCCUUGGGUCCCUUGGAUCAGUGGGUAGGGUGUGAGUUCUUGGGGGCCGGGUCCUGGGUUCUGGCUCCUGGUACAGUCAGAUGAUCCGUUUGGAGGUUGGCGGGGUGGAAUGGGGUGGGGCGAGCUUGCAGAUUAUUUUGCUCUGUAGCUCGGUGCUGUUGAGCAGCUUAAAGGGGGAGAAGAUUUCUUAACCUCUGUAUUUUGGGGAUUUUCUUGGAUCGGUCCAAACCCUGCCAGGUUCAGGUCUCGAGGGCAUGGCUGCAAAUCACUGUGCACACGGUCUCCCUAAAUGGCUCAGACAAACGUGAUCCCUCUGUGUGGUGCUCAGAAGGAAACCUGGGUUUCCGUUCACGUUGCCUUAUUUCCCAAUUCAUUUGUACAGCAGCUGUGCGAUGUGGUCCUUCACGUCCCUCCCAUCACUGCUGGACUCGUGGGUCUAGACCGGGCUCUUGACCUUUCUCUUUGUCACUCCCUUUGGGCUUGGGUAGGGUAAUUGUGGGUUUGCUCUGGGGUUGUGUUUCACUGACAUGAUUGGGCUGUUAAAAAGCUCUCGGAUACUCUAAAUAAAAUGUUGGAUUAUUUCACACAA